ACGGACUAAUUGACUCUUCUGUUCUUCAUCUUCAACUUUUAACUAUUCUUCUUUUCAUCUCUUUUGUCCUUAUCAUUCCUUUCCUUAAUCCAUAAAAACUCGCGCUGGCAUUACAAUCCACGGCUUUUUUCCCGGUCUUCGGAAGCUGCGGCUCAGACCUGUCACUGCCGCUAUUCCCCUGAUCGUGUCCGCCUGAAAUACCUCACUUCUCACUCAUUCCCUAAUAUUUUGCGCUCAUUCUCCUAAUAUACACUCUUGGUCGCCGGAAUACCAAAUUACACUUCUUUCAAUCACUACUACCCGAGUCUACGUCUCCCGCCUAUACGUGCCGUCGCCUCGCGUUCGAAGAUCCUAAAUCAUCCGCUUCUUCGCUCGCCGAUUUCUAUGCGCUGAUUCUUUUAUUCGACUCUCGCACCGUCACAUGCUCGUCGUUCAAAAUGGCGUCCAAUACUUCGGUCGUUUUCGACCUUCCGCCUCUUCCGUCGUAUACCUUGACCACUCGCGAACCUCUCCUUACUCCGAUCUCCGAUAACAUACUCUCGUUGAUUUUGCCGAUCAUCGCCUAUUGGGGUCUAUCAAUGGUCUAUCAUCUCAUCGAUGUCUACGACCUCUUUCCGCAGUACCGUCUACACACGCCCGCAGAGGUUCUCAAGCGAAACCAUGUCACGCGCUGGCACGUGGUUCGAGAUGUCAUCCUUCAACAGGUCGUUCAAACAAUCGCAGGCUACGCAGUGAGCUAUUUCGAUGAGCAGGAGUGCGUUGGCAAGGAGGAAUACGAUGUUGCUGUCUGGGCUCAACGCAUCCGCAUUGUCCAGAGAGUGCUGCCUGGUUUCUUGGCUCUGAUUGGAAUUGACGCAUUGGGUCUGGCCAAGAAUUUGUCCCGGAGCGGCCAUACGAUGCUUGCUGGAGCUUUGUCGGGUGGAAAAUACCCUGGAAUGACGCAGUCAAUCAUCCUCGAGUCUGGCGUGGAAGCUAUUGCUCCGGCUUUUACCGAAUGGGAGAUGACCUUGGCUAGUUUUAUCUUCUGGUACUUUGUUCCGUUUUUGCAAUUCGUUUGGGCUAUUAGCGUCGUGGAUACUUGGCAGUACUUCUGGCAUCGUGCUAUGCACUUGAACCGCUGGCUAUAUGUCAAAUUCCAUUCGCGCCACCAUCGCCUUUAUGUCCCGUACGCCUUCGGUGCUUUGUACAACCAUCCUGUCGAAGGAUUCCUCCUUGACACAGCCGGUACGGGUGUGGGAUUUUUGACCGCCCGGAUGACGACCCGUCAAAGCAUGUGGUUCUUCACGAUGUCCACAAUCAAAACAGUCGAUGACCAUUGCGGUUACGAGUUCCCUUGGGACCCUCUUCAGAAGAUCACGUCCAACAACGCUGCCUACCACGACAUCCACCACCAGAGCUGGGGUAUCAAGAACAACUUCUCUCAGCCAUUCUUCAUUUUCUGGGAUCGAAUGUUGGGUACCAAGUGGGAGGGUGAUGUCAAAAACCGCUACGAACGGUCCCGGGAGAGUGCCCAGAAAAAGGUGGAACAAGAUGCAGCCGCCGCAGCCGCCGCAGCCACCGCUAUCAAGGAGCGCAGCGAAGGUGCAGUGGUCUCGGAAGAGCCAACUGACUCGAAUGCUCGAACGCGCCUUCGCAGAAAGACCUUGUCCACCAGCGUUGAAGAUCUCAAGGGUGUAACCCAUGGUGUGGCCAGCAGUGUCCUCCAGGCCUAAGUUUUUUCUUCCAUCGUUGCAUAACAAUGGGAGUUUGUAUCAGAAGGCUUGCAUUUUGCAUUGUCUUUUGCCCCGCCUAUUUGAGCAUCCUCGGGGUUGCAGGACUUCUCCGGGAGAUGGCGACUGUUUUGCUUGUCUAUAUUUUAUUCGCCUCGCUGUAUUAAUACUUUGGGCUCUUUGGCCCUGUACAAUGUGUAAUUGCUUGUUUUGGAUGUGCGUUGAUUGCAACGAAAUUGGUUUUAACGACUAUUAAUGCAUAAUAAUACAUGUCAAUCAAUGC